AUGGAUCCGCCUCCGGGAAGAGUAGGCAGAACUAGACAUCUAUCAAUAGCUGAAGAAGAAUCUGAAAACUAUCUGGAUAACUUCUACAAUCAAAGAGAAAAACGGCGUGUUAGUUUCGUGCAACGUGGUGCUAUGAAUCAGGUAGAAUUUGAUGAAAAAUUCGAUUAUAGCAAGCCACAUCAGGAGAAUGAAGUGAAGAGACAAGCGAAGAAGUUUGCUGGAAGAUUCUGUAUUCCAUUUUCUUCCUGUUUCGCAUUCAAAUUAUUCAUUUUUGAUUUGAUUCCAAUUUUGAAGUGGCUUCCAGAAUAUAAUUGGAAAAGUGAUUUGACUAAAGAUUUCAUCGGAGGAAUCACAGUUGGAGUGAUGCAAAUUCCACAAGGAAUUGCCUAUGCUCUUCUCGCAAGACAACCAGCUAUCAAUGGACUCUAUGCAUCACUUUUCCCACCUCUGAUAUACAUGUUUUUUGGAACUUCCAGGCAUUCAAGUCUCGGAACUUUCGCUGUCGUUUCCCUCAUGACUGGUAUGUCCGUUGAGAAGUUAACUAAACCGCCGGAAGAGGAUGCCGCUUGGAAUUCAACGGAUAUCACCGACUACCCAACACCGACAGAAGUAUCAUGUGCAAUUGCAUUCACAAUGGGAUUGAUAUUUCUCAUAACGGGUAUUCUUCGAUUACAAAUCUUGACAACGUAUCUUUCGGAUCAACUUAUUGCUGGAUUCACGGUUGGAGCAGCUAUUCACGUUCUAGUUUCUCAACUGAAGACCAUCUUUGGAAUCCGUGGAUUGAAGCGAUACAGUGGAGUUGGAUAUCUAUUCCGACAAUUAUACGACUUAGUCUUGGCGAUUGGUCAAGUGAACUAUGUCAGUCUCGGAAUUUCUGCUACCUCAAUAAUCAUCUUGAUUUGCGGAAAGUUCCUGAACCCAAUAUUUAUGAGAAAGAUAAAACACAACAUCCCGAUUCCAUUUGAACUUCUCGUUGUCAUUCUGUCAACUAUUUUCGUUUAUGUAACUGGAGUUAACACCACGAACGCUGUUCAAGUUGUCAACGAAAUUCCAUCUGGAAUCCCGGAAGUUUCACUUCCUCGAUUUUCUUUAAUCCCUCAAGUAUUUGCCGAUGCUGGCGGUAUUGCUUUCGUCAGUGCUGCCAUGUGGCUAUCUUUCAGUAAAACACUUGCGAAGAGUGAGGAAUAUCAAUUGGAUUCAGGACAGGAAUUCUUUGCCCUCGCCGUGUCAAGUAUGGGUUCUAGUUUUAUUCCAACUGUUCCAAUUUCAUGUUCUCUGAGUAGAACUAUGGUUGCUUACAAUGCUGGAGUCACUACACAAUUAUCAAUUUUAUUCUCAUCGACUCUUGUCUUUUUGGUUGUUUUCUUCCUGGGUAGUUUAUUGGAAACUUUACCAAUGGCUGCCUUAUCUGCAAUUAUUUGCGUUGCAUUGUGGGGAAUGUUGGAAAAGUUCAAAACCCUUCCAGAACUUUAUAGAAACUCAAAAAUAGAUUUGGCAAUUUGGAUUUUUACAUUUGUUGCUACAAUCAUAUUAGAUGUAACACUGGGAUUGAUUGUUUCCGUCGGCUUCGCUCUGCUUACAACAAUAUUUCGAGAACAAUUUCCGAAAUGGCAUAUUCUGGCAAUGGUGAAGGGAACUUAUGACUUCCGUGAUUGUGAAAGAUAUGGACAAGCAGUGUACUUCAAAGGAAUUUGUGUAUUCCGAUUCGAUUCACCGUUACUGUAUUAUAAUGUUGAACGAUUCAAAAGUUCGGCUCACAAAGCAUAUCUGGAUUGGCAGAAAUCUCAUGAAUUUUAUGUGCUCUCAGAGGAAAGAAAUACAAUUUGGCAAUCAAGAAUUGAUGAAAUAGAUGAGGACAACUUGACUCCCACGACUAUGAACACCCAAGCGCCUGACAUUAUUUCCCGGCAUUUCGUUAUCGACUGUUCCGCAUUUACUGUCAUUGACUUGAUGGGUGUUAAUGCACUGAAAGAGGUUUUCUCUGACAUGAGAAAACGACGUAUUUUGGUGUAUUUUGCAAAUGCGAAAGCUCCCGUUCGUGAGAUGUUCGCUAGAUGCAACUUCUAUAAAAAGGUGCCGAAAGAGAACUUUUAUCCAACUAUGCGUGACGCUACAAGUAUUGCAAGACAGAGACAAAUGGAACUAGGAUUCAAGGACACUGAAUACGUUCCGGAUAAAGACAACAUCGUCGACAUUCUAAGUUCUCAUCCAUAUUGA